AGCGCGGCGCAGCGCAGCCCCGGCAGCGCCCGCUCCCGCUCCCGCUCCGCCUCGCCGGCCAUGAGGAGGAGGAGGACGGCGGCGGCGCGCUCUGCCCCCGGCGGGCGGCGGCGCUGCUGAGCGGGGCUCGGAGCCCGGUCCCGGGUCCCGGCGCAGGCACUUGGAAGAUUAUCCUGCCAUUCUGUGUUAAGACUGUGCUUUAGAAACAAGAUGGGAAGAGGAAUGCCAUACCUCGACACAGAAUGCACUUUAUAAUGUUGCAGAGGGAUGCUUAUCUUUACUUCCAUGUUGGAUUUUAACCGUGGGAGCUCAGUACGUCUCAGCAAUUGCUGUCUUUCCUCAGCACUUUAGCUAGAAACGAAGUAAAGCAAUGAGGAGAUUUGUUUACUGCAAGGUGGUUCUAGCCACUUCUCUCAUGUGGGUGCUUGUGGACGUCUUUUUACUUCUGUACUUCAGUGAAUGUAAUAAAUGUGAUGACAAGAAAGAGAGAUCUCUGCUGCCAGCUCUAAGGGCUGUCAUUUCUCGAAACCAGGAAGGACCUGGAGAGAUGGGCAAGGCUGUUCUCAUUCCUAAAGAUGACCAGGAGAAAAUGAAAGAGCUGUUUAAAAUCAACCAGUUUAAUCUCAUGGCCAGUGACCUGAUUGCGCUUAACAGGAGCUUGCCCGACGUGCGGCUGGAGGGAUGCAAGACCAAAGUCUACCCUGACGACCUCCCCAACACGAGCGUAGUUAUCGUGUUCCACAACGAAGCCUGGAGCACCUUGCUUCGGACUGUGUACAGCGUGAUAAACCGGUCACCGCAUCGCCUGCUUGCUGAAAUCAUCCUGGUCGACGAUGCCAGCGAAAGAGAGUUUUUGAAGGCCUCACUAGAGAACUACGUGAAAAAUCUGGAGGUGUCAAUAAAAAUUAUCAGGAUGGAGCAGAGGUCAGGACUGAUCCGUGCUCGGCUCAGAGGCGCCGCGGCUUCGAAAGGCCAGGUGGUAACUUUCCUCGACGCGCACUGCGAGUGCACGGCGGGCUGGCUGGAGCCUCUCCUGGCGAGAGUGCGGGAGGACAGGAAAACUGUUGUCUGCCCAAUCAUUGACGUGAUCAGUGAUGACACGUUUGAAUACAUGGCUGGGUCCGAUAUGACUUACGGAGGAUUCAACUGGAAACUUAAUUUUCGCUGGUAUCCAGUUCCUCAGAGAGAGAUGGACAGGAGGAAAGGAGACCGAACCUUGCCUGUCAGGACCCCUACUAUGGCUGGUGGCCUAUUUUCUAUUGACAGAAACUACUUUGAAGAGAUAGGAACUUACGAUGCAGGAAUGGAUAUCUGGGGUGGCGAGAAUCUUGAAAUGUCAUUUAGGAUUUGGCAGUGUGGUGGCUCCCUGGAGAUCGUGACAUGCUCGCAUGUUGGUCAUGUAUUUCGUAAGGCAACGCCGUACACUUUCCCUGGAGGCACAGGACAUGUCAUCAAUAAGAACAACAGGAGACUGGCAGAGGUCUGGAUGGAUGAGUUUAAAGACUUCUUCUAUAUAAUAUCCCCAGGUGUUGUUAAAGUGGAUUAUGGUGAUGUAUCAGUGAGAAAAGCACUGAGAGAGACGCUGAAGUGCAAACCCUUCUCGUGGUACCUAGAAAACGUCUAUCCAGACUCCCAGAUCCCACGGCGCUAUUACUCACUUGGUGAGAUCAGAAAUGUUGAAACCAAUCAGUGUUUAGACAACAUGGGCCGCAAGGAAAAUGAAAAAGUGGGCAUUUUCAACUGCCAUGGCAUGGGAGGAAAUCAGGUAUUUUCUUACACUGCUGACAAGGAGAUCCGCACGGAUGAUUUGUGCUUGGAUGUUUCAAGACUCAAUGGCCCCGUGAUCAUGCUGAAGUGCCAUCACAUGCGAGGGAACCAGCUCUGGGAGUACGAUGCUGAGAGGCUGACCCUGAGGCACGUCAACAGCAACCAGUGCCUUGACGAGCCGUCCGAGGAGGACAAGAUGGUCCCCACCAUGAAGGACUGCAGCGAAAGCCGGUCCCAGCAGUGGCUCCUGCGCAACAUGACCUUGGGCGCCUGAAGCCGGGAGACCCGUGGCCCGGGCGCUCCUCGCUCGCCCGCCAGCUCACGCCGGGGACGUCCCGCGUCCUUCCUUCGCGGUGGGCGCGGAGGCGCCGAAGCCCUUUGGGAUCCUGCCGGCAGAACAGGGUCCUCGGGGAUCCCCCGCUCCGGCGUCUUUCCGCGUGCCCCUUCGAAAUCUGCGUCUGCCCAAAAGCAGCGCUUCCGAAUCCAUCCGUGACAUAACGUAUGCUGCUCUCGAGGCAAAUGCUCUCAAAAACGGUCCUGGAGAAACGGCUGCGAACGCCCUGUCCAGGCGCUUGGGAGGGAGGGUGUUUUCCAGGUGCCCUGCGAGCAGCGGCUCGAUACGAAACGCCUUUGGCAGCCGCCUCGCGCGGGCAGGGCGGCCGGCGGCCGUCUCGUCCUCGGCGCCCGUGCCCCGGCGCCCCUCGGCGAUCGCUCUGCCCUCGCUCGAGUGGGGCUCGGCGGAGGGCUGGGCUGAAGGCGCUCGGAGCAGCGGGGCCGCUGC